CCAUUUAUAACAACUCUCUCUCUCCACCCAUCGGAUCUCUCUCUCUCUCUCCUCUCAAUCUAAUUAAUGGCCUCUCCUUCCGGGAGCUUAGACACCUCGGCUACCUCCUUCCCCAAGCCACCCGCCUCCUCCUCCUCCUCCUCCUCCACCACCUUCUCUUUCUCCAACCCCUUCAUGUCCUCCUCGUUCUCCGACCUCUUCAACCAUGACUACCCCUCCUCCGCCCCCGCUCCCACUGUCAGCAGUGGCCUCUCCGAUCGUGUCGCCGAGAGAACCGGCUCCGGCGUCCCCAAGUUUAAGUCCAUUCCGCCGCCUUCCCUCCCCAUCUCCCCUCCCGCUUUCUCCCCCUCUUCUUACUUCUCCAUCCCUCCAGGCCUCAGCCCCGCCGACCUCCUCGACUCCCCCGUGCUCCUCUCCACUUCCAAUAUUCUUCCGUCUCCUACAACCGGGACUUUCCCAACUCAGGCCUUCAAUUGGAAAAACAGCUCUGUUUCCAACGACUACCACCAGGGCAUCAAGCGGGAACCAAAGAACAGCUCCGACUUCUCUUUCCAGCCCCAAACAAGGCGUCCAACUUCAUCCACGACAACCUUUCAAUCUGAACUUCCAACUGAAAACCAAGGAUGGGAUUUUCAAGAAGCCAUCAAGCAAGAUAAUAAUCCAUCUUCAGAUAAGAGCCUGGUGAAAUCUGAAUUUGCUUCUCUGCAGAGCUUGUCCCCUGAUAUUUCCUCAAUUCAGACCGACUCUCGCCCCGGCGCCGGCGCCGGCUUUCAAUCCAGUUAUAAUCGUUAUAACAAUUCAUCGCAGUCGAUAAGGGAGCAGAGAAAAUCCGAAGAUGGAUACAACUGGAGAAAGUAUGGGCAGAAGCAAGUGAAAGGGAGCGAAAAUCCGCGAAGCUAUUACAAGUGUACUUACCCCAAUUGCCCAACCAAGAAGAAGGUUGAGAGGUCUUUAGAUGGGCAGAUCACCGAGAUCGUUUACAAGGGUACUCAUAACCAUCCGAAGCCUCAGUCUACUAGGAGAUCAUCGGCAAACCCAGCUUCUUGUCAAGCAGUACAACCCUACAAUCCUCCCACCAACGAGUUCCCAGAUCAGUCGUAUGCCUCGCAUGGCACUGGGCCGAUGGACUCGGUUGCGACGCCGGAGAAUUCUUCGAUCUCGAUCGGGGAUGAUGAUUUUGAUCGAAGCUCGCAGAGGAGUAAAUCAGGAGGGGAUGAGAUAGAUGAAGAUGAGCCUGAUGCCAAAAGAUGGAAGAUAGAGGCUGAAAGUGAGGGCAUGUCAGCCGCAGGGAGUAGAACAGUGAGAGAACCUAGAGUUGUAGUCCAAACUACAAGUGACAUCGAUAUCCUUGAUGAUGGCUAUAGGUGGAGGAAAUAUGGGCAGAAGGUGGUCAAGGGGAAUCCUAAUCCAAGGAGCUACUAUAAGUGCACAAACCCGGGAUGCCCGGUAAGGAAACACGUCGAGCGCGCAUCACACGACCAAAGAGCGGUGAUCACAACGUACGAGGGCAAGCACAACCACGAUGUUCCAGUUGCCCGGGGCAGCGGCAGCCACUCCCUGAAUAGGCCUUUGCCCACCAACACCAACGGCAAUGCAGUCAUGGCCUUCAGGCCUUCCACAAUCUCCCAGCACCCCACCACUAACGCCAUGGCCAACCCAAUUCGCAGCUCAAGGCUGCAAGCUGAGGGCCAAGCACCCUUCACGCUAGAGAUGUUGCAGAGUCCUGGGAGUUUUGGGUUCGCCGGAUUUGGGAACCCGAUGGGCUCUUAUUUGAACCAGCCCCAGGUCCCAGACAACAAUGUCUUCUCCAGGGCCAAGGAAGAGCCCAGGGAUGACAUGUUCCUUGAAUCGUUGCUGUGCUGAAGUUUUCUUGAGAUUUCCAAAGGUUGGUUUUAUUUAAGUUUAGGCAAAGAAUGGAUUAUAGAUACUUUUACUAGUACAAUAAGAAUUCAAGAUGGUCAGAUUCAUUUGUUUAUUUGUCAUUUGAUUUUGUUGUGUUGUAUAUUUUUUCUACUGGGAUUUGGUUUUGUACAUUCAAAUGAAUAUGAUGUACAAGUUGCUCCUCAACUUAGUUUUUUUUUUUCCCCGAUUGGUUUUGAGGCCAUUGUUGGCGUCAGAAGUGUAUGUAUGUACAGCCUCAAUUCAUUGUGCUAACCAAAAUAUAGUGGUGUUUUUCUUCUUGUUUUAA